AUUUCACAGGAUAUGUUUGUGAUCUGGAAACUUUUAACAUGAAGAGGUUACGAAGGUUCACAGUAUAGAAAAGGGUUUGUUUCUGAUAAGUAGCGAUGCGCUUGCUUACUUAAACGUCUAUCCCUGGUAAUACAAUUAUUUUAAAAGCAGUGCCAUAAAGCCUAUGAGAUGCGAUUUGUUUUUUGAUGAGGUUCAAUGAAAUUAUAAUUAAUUCUCAGGAAUUUGGUAUGACCUUUUUAAGUGACGCACGUAGCGCCUAAAAAAAGAGUAACAACACACAAGGAAUGAUUAUCGAAACAGUUUACAUUUGUAAUAUUUAACAGUACGCACCACUUGUUCCACUAACAAGUGUCCAUGUGAAAUGGGUUAAAGAGGAAUUGUUGCUAGGCCUCUUUACGAGCUGGAAAAGCGAUGGAAAGCUGAAGGUCCUCCCGGGCAUGAAUGCUAUUGAUAGCGAGGCGCGCGAACAGCACCACGAGCCGUUCCCUCCCACAGGCUCUGACACGUGUGCGCGCUGGGCCGCACCUCCGUUCACAUCCUCUCAGCCUACCGCCCCUCCCGCUCGUGAAGCGCGUUCACGUUUCCCGCAAAGACCGCGCGACCGGGCUCCGAGUCGACGAGUUCGGCUCUCUAACUCCGGGGAGACGGAGUGUUGCUGUGCUGGGAGGAGGAAACGAGAAUAAUAAUCUUAAAGAUAAUACACUAGACUAGUAGUGGAUUUACUGAGGGGUCUUAAUUGCUUCGGCCUUUUACUUUGACUAAACUUGAGCACAUUCUUAUUAUGGAACGUAAGACUUCACAGCCUUUUAAGUCAGGAAGGAUGAUAUAAAACGCGGUGAAGUCGGCGGAGUGAAGCGUUUUUUUCCUUCCAAGUUGGGAUGAGAUGUUUGAGAACAGAACUUGUGCGGUGAGGAGUAACAACACGUGUGUGCUGGAGGAGAAGGAGGAGAUACCCAUUUUUGUUCCCGGAGCCUGAAGUGACCGGCGGUGCUGUUACCCCUGUUAUACAUGAGCGCACGCGCUUGUCAGCUCGCGCCGCAGUUCUGCUGUAGGACCCUUGUUUUCCCACCGCGAACCUUGAGAAGUGGACGGUCGGGUCGGUGUUUUCGCCUGGCGGGAGUGUUGUGGUGUGUGUGUAUGUGACAGCCGCGCUCGGCCGCGUGUCCGAAUCACAGCUCGUCCCGCUUCAUUGUCCGACGGCGGAGCAGCGUCCCGCGGGAAACCCCCCACAGGCAGCCCGCCUCGAGGCGCGACGUGCGUCGGCAACUCUCCCGCCGAAUGUGUAAAACCAGCCGGGAAAUUAUCUGGUAGAGCGGAGGAACAGGCGCUGCAGAACUUCGUCGAGGCUUAACUGUGUCCAGCAGAAACAAAAAGGAGGGGAAAGACUUAACUUCACCUUAAAUAAAAAGAGGACUACAAGUUGACGCUUUUCAUUCACAAUGAGUCGUUUGGCUAAGCGAGAGAAGCGCUUCUCCCUGCGCCUCUAACUCUCCCCGCUGCAGUUCUGGUGCCGCCGGAGUUCACACUUGGCGCCGAGUCUUGUCGGGCUCCAGGCCCUGCCUGCCCGGUGUCUCUGUGUCGCUCCGUCCCCGGCGACAUCAUCAUCAUGGAGGAGUGGAGGCAGUGCAGCCGCUGGCUCAUCGACUGCAAGGUGCUGCCCGCGAACCACCGGGUCGUGUGGCCGUCGGCCGCCGUCUUCGACCUGGCCCAGGCGCUCCGGGACGGCGUGCUUCUGUGCCAGGUGCUGCACAACCUCUCCCCGGGCUCCGUGGACCUGAAGGAGAUCAACUUCAGGCCGCAGAUGUCACAGUUCCUGUGUUUGAAAAACAUUCGGACAUUCCUCAAGGUCUGCCAUGACAAGUUUGGACUACGAAACAGCGAGCUCUUUGACCCCUUCGACCUCUUCGAUGUCCGAGAUUUCGGGAAGGUCAUCUCCUGCUUGUCCCGAAUCUCCCAUCACUCCAUUGCACACCUCAAGGGCAUCAGGCCGUUCCCAUCUGAGGACACUGCGGAAAAUGAAGAGGACGUUUACCGAAGCUUGGAGGAGCUGGCAGAUGAGCAUGAUGUUGGGGAAGAUGACAUCUACGAUUGUGUGCCAUAUGAAGAAGACGAUAUUUAUGAGGACAUCAUCAAGGUAGAGGUUCGGCAGCCCAUGAUAAGGUACAUGCAGAAAAUGGGCAUGACUGAAGAGGACAAAAGAAAUUGUUGCAUGGUAGAGAUUCAGGAGACAGAAGCAAAGUACUACAAAACGCUGGAGGACAUUGAGAAGAGUUACAUGAUACCAUUGAAGCAGGUUUUAAGUCCACAGGAUAUGGAGGCCAUCUUUCUUAAUCUAGAGGAUGUGAUCAAGGUUCACUUCUCCCUCCUGAGGGCCAUUGAUAUGAAUAUGAUGAGUGGUGGCAGCGGCCUGGGAAAGAUCUUCCUGGACUUCAAAGAGCGGCUUCUAAUCUACGGCCAGUACUGCAGCCACGUGGAGACGGCACAGAAGACACUCGAUGAGCUUAUUGCCACGCGGGAGGAUGUCAGAAUGAAAGUGGAGGAAUGCACAACGAAGGUCCAGGAAGGGAAGUUCAAAUUGCAAGACCUGCUGGUCGUGCCCAUGCAGAGGGUUUUGAAGUAUCAUCUUCUCCUCAAGGAACUGGUGAGCCACUCAGUUGACCAGCCCGAGCGCCAGCAGCUCAAGGAGGCGCUGGAAGCCAUGCAGGACCUGGCUAUGUAUAUAAAUGAGGUGAAAAGGGACAACGAAACCUUGAAAAAAAUUCAAGAAUUUCAGAACUCGAUCGAAAACCUGCAAGUGAAGCUGGAGGAAUAUGGAAGACCAAAGAUAGAUGGAGAGUUAAAGGUGUGUUCCAUAGUCAACCGUACCAAGCAGGACAGGUAUAUAUUCCUGUUCGACAAAGUGGUGAUUGUAUGCAAGCAAAGGGGUUACAGCUACGAACUGAAGGAAACCAUUGAGCUCCAGUACUACAAAAUGUCCGAUGACCCCAUGAACAACAGGGACGUUAAGAAGUCAAGUGGAAAAAGGUGGUCCUACGGCUUCUACCUCAUACACCUGCAGGGAAAACAGGGCUUCCAGUUCUUCUGCAAAACAGAAGACACUAAGAGGAAGUGGAUGGAGCAGUUUGAGAUGGCCAUGUCAAACAUCAAACCAGAGAGAGCCACAGCCAACCAGCACAACUUCCAGAUGCACACCUUUGAGAAGAACACAAACUGCAGAGCCUGCAAGAUGCUGCUGAGGGGGAUCUUCUACCAGGGCUAUUACUGUGCCAAAUGUGGUAUAGGAGCCCACAAGGAGUGUCUGGAAAUCAUCUCCAUCUGCAAGAUCAAUCCCCAUGACUCGGAACCGGGACCCACAGCAUCUGGUCCUAAGAUGAUGGCAAUUCGGAAUUACCAUGGGACCCCAGCACCACCUUCCAAACCUGCUCUGUCCCUUCAGACGGGGGACAUUGUUGAGCUGCUGAAAGGUGACCCAGAUACUUCAUGGUGGGAGGGAAAGCUGGUUCAGGGCCAAAAGAGUGGGUUCUUUCCCAGCUCCUGUGUAAAGCCCUGUCUGGACCCAAAGCCUUUUCAGUCCAUACCCAGCAGACAGUCAUCCAGGGAAACCGAUUAUUGUGCAUAUCCAUGGUUCGCUGGAAACAUGGAGCGGCAGCAGGCCGAUAACCUGCUCAAGUCCCACAGCAGCGGAACCUACCUGAUCCGGGAGAGGACGGCCGAGGCAGAGCGGUUUGCCAUCAGCAUCAAGUUCAAUGAGGAAGUGAAGCACAUCAAAGUUGUAGAGAAGGACAACUGGAUUCAUAUUACAGAAGCAAAGAAGUUUGAGAGCCUGCUGGAACUGGUCGAGUACUACCAGGUGCACUCUUUGAAGGAGAGCUUCAAGCUUCUGGACACAACACUGCGGUACCCCUACAAGUCCCGAGAGCACUCUUUAUCUCGUGCCAGCACCCGCUCCCCAGCCUCCUGUGCUUCCUACAACUUCUCUUUCCUGAGCCCUCAAGGCCUCCACUUUGCCUCUUCACAGACAUCUGCUCCCUUCUGGUCAGUGUUCACGCCCAGAGUGGUCGGCACAGCGGUCGCAAGGUACAACUUUGCAGCGCGAGACAUGAGAGAGUUGUCCCUUCGAGAGGGUGAUAUCGUCAAGAUCUACAGCAAAAUCGGAGGAGAUCAGGGUUGGUGGAAGGGCGAGGCCAAUGGCAGGGUUGGUUGGUUCCCCUCAACUUAUGUGGAUGAAGAAGGAGUACAGUGAGUAGACCAACUGAUGAUGUCACCUAGCUGGAAGAUAAUGCUGUGAUUUUUCACGAAAAGGAGUCUUCAGUGUCGUCUGUGUAAAUUUCCCCUGGAGAAUCCUUGGUAAUACAGUGACCAAUUUUUUCUUUUUUUUAAAGAAGUAAAUCUAACACAUUUGAAAUUCACAAAGGACUGCAGGAGUAGUUUUGUAACGAAGGUGAAUGAAGCAUCCUGCCUUUAGACAGCAAAACCCUGCAUGGUAUUGGAAGAUAAUCCUGUCACUUUGCUGUAUAUUUCCAUGGAUUAGAUGCAGAGGUAUGAAAAAGUGAAUAUAUAAAUUUUAAAAUGUGACCCCUUAAGACUGAAGCUAGAGCUUAGGAAGACUUUUCUGCCUUAGCUGUGGCAAUGCCUUGUGGUUGGACAAAGAGGGCGGUCACCUUGCACAAGUUGCCCUUUCUAUAUACGCAGUGCCUUUGUAAGGGUGACCAUCAGUCCCAGAACUGCCAACAGCCACCAAACAGCAAACUGGGGCCCCAGAAGCUUUCUCCCAGGAUUCAGCGAUGGACAAAGGUGGUGCUGCACCUUGGAUGUUGGACACGAUGCCAACCAAAGUGGCGACGAAAAGAAACCGAUUUGGCAUGACACCAAAACACAAAGCAUUUCUGUGCCCCUGUGAAGGAACAAACAGGGACUGGACCACACAGCAAAGGGGAAAACAAACACAUCCCGUGUGAUGACAGUGGAUCAGUGUACUACAUCUUUAAAGGGGUAAAAGGGGAGGGAAAAAAAUUCAAUUGUUUAAAGAAAUAUAUAACUGAUAAUUUAUUUGUGUGCUUGUGCACCCUUCUGAAUAAAAAAUGGUGUAUAUGUUAGUAUUUUUGUACAUUCAAAUUUAAUGAUCAAUACCAAAUGUUUCUAUCUGAUGCUGAAGGUGUGAAAUUUGUUGCUUUUGAAAUGUUUUACAAUGGUGAACAUUCCAGUGUUCUGGUUUUGCCUUAGUAUGACUCAACAUCUGGUGCUGAAACUUAAUGUUGACAUGAUCAGUGGCUAUUCAGUACCAUGUGAAAACCAAAUUGUUUCUAUUAAAUGUGCCCUCACACAGCCUGGUUUGGAAUUUCAUUUCAGAAUCACUUUGAAGCGCUGGUU